AUGCCUGUUCAUCAGAUCUCUGUGGUGCCAGCUACGAGGGAGACCGCGAGCAACGGCCGAAACUCCAGCAGAGUCAAAGACAGGAGUAAAGAAAAUGAGGGUGAGAAAGGCCCUAGACGAUCAGGGAGUCGCUCCAGCAACAUCUCCAAGGCGAGCAGCUCCAACCAGGGGCCAGUACAAAACAGCAUCUCUCGCACCUCCGUCUCACCCUCCUCUCAGGACAUCUGCAGUUCAAGUGGUCCAGUCAGGCUAGAUGAAGAUGGUUCAGACCAAACCACACCCGUCAUGCCGAUAAGUCUUAACUCCAACUCCACACUUGCGGCAAAGAGGCAGGUGAAGCGUCGUCACCGGCGGCGACGAGACGCCUGCGGAAGCCGGUCUAUCGGGUGCGUGUCGGAGUGCGUGGACGCUCAGGAAGACGGAGCGAAACGCGAAAACCGCCGCGCGCGCACGCGCUCCGAUUCGUCCUCGGAAGACGAGCAGCGCUGGAGAGAGGCGCGGUCGUGGACUCGGGAGAAAGCCCGGCGAAGACGCAGCAGCAGCCGGCACGCGGCAACGCAGGCGCGAGACGGCAUGGAGCUGCUGUCCGUGGGCUCGGACGAAGCCCAGAAGGAGAAUCAACCGCCGCGAGGGGGCGGAGCCAGCGUCAAAAGCCGCAAGAAGUCCUCGGUGAAGAGGGAGGAGCGAGCGAACAAGGCGGUUGAUCACAGGAAAGGGAACGGCCAGGGAAGCGAGGAGGAACAGCCAAUAACGAAAUCGUACGAGGAGCAAGGCUCGGGCGAUCCCGACAUGGCUGUACCGACAGCCUGUAAAUGCACAAACUCAGCCAGCCAGAAUGGCAACACACAACAAGUAUGCAGUGAUGAUGAACUGGAGGUUUGCAGGAUCUGUCACUGUGAGGGAGAUGAGGAGUGUCCUUUGAUCACUCCAUGCCGUUGUACGGGGAGUCUGCGUUUCGUACACCAGGCCUGUCUACACCAGUGGAUCAAAAGUUCUGAUACACGCUGCUGUGAACUCUGUAAAUACGACUUCAUCAUGGAAACACACCUCAAACCACUGCGCAAGUGGGAAAAGCUGCAGAUGUCCACCAGUGAGCGCAGGAAGAUCUUCUGCUCCGUGACCUUUCACCUCGUGGCAGUGGUGUGUGUCAUCUGGUCUCUGUAUGUCCUUAUUGACCGCACCGCUGAGGAGAUCAGACAGGGCAAGAACAAUGCGUUGCUGCGUUUGUCUCCCCUCAAUGCCGUAGGGGUUCUGGAGUGGCCUUUCUGGACCAAGCUCAUCGUGGUCGCCGUCGGUUUUGCCGGCGGCUUGAUCUUCAUGUACAUCCAAUGUAAGGUCUACCUGCAGCUGUGGCGUCGACUUAAAGCCUUCAACCGCAUCAUAUUUGUCCAGAACUGCCCGGACACCGCCAAGAGCGCGGACGAGAGGCCGUCUCCGGCCGCCCCCGUCGCCCAGAGCAACGGCAAGCGCGAGGCCGCCGAAGUGCCCGUCUCUCAGACCCAGACGAGCACUUCCUGUCCCGCCCCCACGGGAAGCGCGGAGGUGGCUCCCGUUUGA